AUGGCAUCUGUUGUCGGAAAAACUGUUCUUGAGGUGAUCGAAGAGGAAAAGCUUCAAGAAAACUGUGCUGUUGUUGGCGAAUAUUUCUUGAACCAACUUGCCUCCAUCGAUAGUCCGCUGAUUGGUGACGUACGAGGGAAGGGCUUGAUGAUUGGAGUCGAGCUUAUCAACGAGAAUGGGAAGCCAUUGCCUGUUGAUCGUGUAGCUAAUGUUUUUGAAGGAGUUAAGGAUCGGGGAGUAUUGCUCGGCAAGGGAGGUAUCAACGGCAACGUCUUCCGGAUCAAACCACCGAUGUGUAUUACGAAAAAAGACGUCGACACAUGUGUGUCAGCCAUAGCGGACGCACUGAAGCAUGAAAAGAAAUGA